GUAGGCAGAUGAUUUGAAGAAAAAAAAGAGAUCUCGGGUAAUGUUUCUUUCAUGAGCGAAACUUCCGAAUUCUUGAUCUUCACUGUUCUCUUGACGUUGUCGAACAAGGACGUGAUUAUUUCUAGAAACAAUCGUUUUAAAGACUUGCGUCCAUUGCCGCUGAAUUAAAAGCAAAGUUGAAGUUUCUGAACACAAGGAACAAAGGUGUUUUGUUAGGAUGCGGUACAUCUCAGGUAUUCGGACUGCCUUCGUCAUAUUGAUUGGGUUAUGGAUGGGCGAGGCUCAAGAAUGCGGUCGGCCACAAAUGCUGAACAGGAUAGUUGGAGGCUCCGCUGCGUCAGAAGGGGCGUGGCCUUGGCAGGUGGAUAUUCACACUGACAGUCAAGGACAUGUGUGUGGAGGAACUGUCAUCUCGGAGAACUGGGUGCUGUCUGCUGCACAUUGCUUUCCCAACCCUAAUGACAUCUCCUCCUACAUGGUUUACGCGGGCCGGCAGCAGCUGAACGGCUGGAACCCGGAUGAGACCAGCCAUAGGAUCCGUCGUGUGGUGGUUCCUCUGGGUUACACAGACCCUCAGCUGGGUCAGGAUAUCGCUCUAGUGGAGCUGGCCACAUCUGUGACGUGGUCCGACCGCAUUCAGCCUGUCUGCUUGCCAUAUGGCAAUGUGGAGUUCAGCAGCGACAUGAAAUGCAUGAUCACUGGAUGGGGUAACAUCAGAGAUGGAGUUGCUCUGCAGGGCGUUGGGGCGUUGCAGGAAGUCCAAGUGCCAAUUAUUGACUCAAAGACUUGUCAGGAUAUGUUUCUGAUAAACCCCACAGAGAACAUUGACAUCCGCCAUGACAUGAUGUGUGCUGGAUUCCAACAAGGUGGCAAAGACUCCUGCCAGGGUGACUCUGGCGGCCCUCUGGUGUGUCAGAUCAGUGACGGAAGUUGGGUGCAAGCUGGAGUUGUGAGCUUCGGUCUUGGCUGCGCUAAACCAAACCGACCAGGAGUCUAUGCCAAAGUAUCCAGCUUCACUAACUUCAUCCAGAACCAUGUUGGAGGAGUCCAGCUCAAGAGCGCAUCGAGUCACAUCUGGGCUGACCGGGUCAUGUUGCUCAUCAGUACUCUGGUGCUACUAGUAUUGGUGCAGCUGCUGAGAUAAACACACACUGAUCCUCGCACAAGCCAAAAGACUCCCGCCCCAAAAUUACCAUCCUACAUAAAGAGAGAUUUGAAUGCCAUAAGUAGCUUUUUAAUCAGUUUUUUAAACAACUUUAUAUUAUUUUUUCCAAUUUGGUUUGUACCAAAAAUACACAUAAAGACACACCGAAUGAUUUGAAAUAAAAGAUAAACGUAUGUCUUUUACCUGCUCACUUGAUUGUUAAUAUAUUAUUUUAACCAUCUUAAACUGUAAUGAUUAACACUGCGAUGAAUCCACAUAAUUAAACUGUGCAAAUAAUGCAAAUUUUAAACUGAAAUGGUUCUCAUGGGCAGCUGAACAGAUCUUGCUGCCUACUAAAUGAUGCAAUGAUGCAUACUAAAAUAUUAAUGGACACUUAUUUGAUCCAGCCUUUUGCACAGCAAUUAUAAAUGUUAUUUACUUUUAUAUCAGGACAUGUAAAAGUGUCAAGUUCACACGUGCAAUUAGAUGUUUAUGAUGUGAAGGAUUUCAUGCUUUUCUAGAGUCAGCCAGUUGUAUAUUUGUAUUUUUUGGUGACUGUUUCUCUUAAAAUGCUGUAAAUAAAACUUUGUAAUAAAAUGAUUUUUGUAAUUGAUAUUUCGCGUUUGAGGUGAACACCGGUGAAUCGGCCAAUCCUGUCAUA